GCGUGUGAGCCAGAGAGGAGUAACCGAGCAGCGGCAGUGAUGUAAUAGAUUCAACAAACUUUGGCAUCUUCCUUCCAUUUCUCCCUCUCUUUUCAAUUCUCCCCAAAUUCACCAGAACGAGAGUUGAAAUGAAGAGAGCUUUGUUUCCUCCAUUUGGCACUUUCUCUAGCUCAGAAUCACUCUGUUCUUUUGUUCACUGUUGAAAAACCCAGUUCUGCCUGCCAGCAGCGAUCUUUGCUUCAAUCAACUGUUCAAACUGAACUUUCAACGCUUCCCCUGCGACGAAAAAAGCUUGACCCAUUUCUCCCUUUUAUCCCCAGAAGUCUUCCUCUCGGUGGGUAGGAGGAGGAUAAGCAGGCACCGCAGUAACGGGAAGAGAAGAAUCGAAUCAAGCAAGCCCACGACAUCUGAAGUUUCUUUUCAGCUGAUACAACUAAAAAGUUGAAAUCUUUCCGAAGAAAAGUUUUCCCCCUUUUCCCCGAAAGGGCCCAAGUAGGGAGAGAAGAGGACCGCUUUCUUUUAUCAAGCCAGGCACGCCAAGUGCUCGUGAUAAAGACCCAGAGAGCCAGUUUGCGGGAGAUUGGUAAAAGAAAAGGUGAAGAAGAUUGAUUUUUCAGAGAGUUGUUCGUUGGGUAAAGAAUGACGGCUGCUGGAUCGUCGGGGAGACUGCCGACUUGGAAGGAACGAGAGAACAACAAGAGGAGGGAGAGGAGGAGAAGAGCUAUAGCUGCUAAGAUCUACACUGGUCUUCGUUCUCAGGGCAACUUCAGGCUUCCUAAGCAUUGCGACAACAACGAGGUUUUGAAAGCCCUUUGUGCUGAGGCUGGCUGGAUCGUUGAAGAAGAUGGCACCACUUACCGCAAGGGCACCAAGCCGCCGCCUUGUGAUGUAUCUGGCACUCCACCAAACUUCAGUGCAGGUUCCUCAAUGCAGCUUAGCCCACAGUCAUCCAAUUUCCAAAGUCCCAUCCCUUCCUACCACGCCAGUCCAACCUCAUCUUCAUUCCCGAGCCCUUCACGUUUUGAAGGAAAUCCAUCUGCCUACCUUGUUCCACUACUCCGGAACAUAGCUUCCAUACCCACAAACUUGCCGCCGCCACUUCGAAUAUCCAACAGCGCUCCAGUAACCCCGCCUCUCUCUUCCCCCACCAGGAGUUCAAAGCCAAAGCCACCUGAUUGGGAGGCACUUGCAAACGGUUCGCUCAUGAAUUCCUUCAGGCAUCCCAUCUUUGCUGCCUCUGCACCUUCUAGUCCCACUCGACGCCACUACCUUGCACCCGUGGCUAUCCCUGAGUGUGAUGAGUCUGAUGUCUCCCCAGUGGAUUCUGGCCGUUGGUUGUGCUUCCAAGGAGUUUCUAGUUCCUCUCACGUUGCUCCUCCUUCGCCGACUUUUCACCUCAUUAAACCGGUUGCAAUAGCUAAGGGGAAUGACGGAGCUGAUAAUGGUCUUAAUUGGGGGAACAUAACAGCCGAAAGAGGGAGGGGAGGGUCGGAGUUUGAGUUUGGGAAUGGAAAGGUGAAGCCUUGGGAAGGCGAGCGGAUCCAUGAAAUGGGCGUGGAGGAUCUCGAGCUCACGUUGGCAAGUGGGAAAAGCGGGAAGCUAGGCUAUGGUGGAUCAUCAUCCAGGCCAAGCUAAGUAGUGUGCAGUUUCGCUAUGUUGAUUACUUCAACUGCAGGAGGGGCUAGCAGCUGGUGAAGUGGAUAUUAUGGUUUCAUGUUCCACCCUUUCCUUUCAGAUUGUACACUUUCACCCCGCUAAAGCCCAUAGAUAUCAACUGAUGAAGUUUGGUAGAUCCAUUGUCCUCCUGACGACCAUUUGCUUCCCCCGAGUUUGCAAAGGGGACGAGGCUUCGAGAUCAAGGUGAUACGGGGGAGGUUGUAUACUCUCUCGACUAUGUUUAUGGCGUAGAGUACUACUAUUUUUUUCCGCAAAUGCUUAUGUAUGUCUUGCGUUUACACCUGUGGAUGGUUUUGUUCUUCGUUUCCUCUGCUAACUAUCUUACUUGCCUACCAUGCGCACGUCAAAGGGUGUUCAUUGCAAUGUUUUCAGCUCGAGAUUGAUGAAUCGGUUAAGGCUUCUUCUUUGUCCAUUACGUCUCAUACUAGAGUUUUGCUGAAACGGGUUGUUGGCUUUUGGCUGUUGAGCUGCCAGCCAGGUCUACUGCUCAGCAAAUGUGUAUAAGCCUGUAAGGUGGUUGUGGGUUUUCUGUUUGUUUGCGGGGUUUCUGUUGGUCAAAAGAGCAUCUUGAAACACAAACUCCAGGAAGGGACCAUUUCCCACCUGAAGUGGUCUUGUUUUGGGGGCAAGAGACCUGACAUGACAAGCUUGAUGUUGUAAAAUGUAAAUGUACCAAACCUUUUUCUUCUUCUACUGUUGGGAUAAUUUGUCCAACUCUCAAUUAUUAGUGACGAGGAAAAAAUCCCAAUAUACACAAAUAAUUAAAAAAAAUUCUCAAAAUAUAUAAGUUAUAAUUUUUUUUUUUCAAUCUACACAUGUUUCACAUUCACCGUCUUUGUCUAAGACAGUGAAUGGAAUCACCGUGUUAGACAAACACGGUGGACAAGUCAUCGCGUUUAACGAAGAAGAUGAAGAAAUCACCCUGUUUUUUAACAACUGUGAAUUGAUCACCGUUUUUGUGCAAAACGUGGAACACCUUCACCGCUGUAGUUUAUGGGCGGUGAUAGUUGCCCACGUUUCCCACCCCUGGUAGGUGAGAGUUAGGUCACAACCACCUAACGUUCACCGCCUUAGGGCAAGACUGUGAUUGUCUUCGCCAUUGCUGACAAACGCGGUGAAUGAUGGCCGAGUUUCAUAUAAAUACCCCCCACGAGCAGUUGGAAAAACGUAACCCCCUCCCUCUUCAAAUUUCAGCAAAAAAGCGAGCAAAAUAUACAAAAGCUAUUUUCCCUAUGAUUUAAUUUUGUAUUGUUAUAUAAUGUUGUUUUUAGUAGUUAUAUUUAUGUAAUGAAUUACUUAUCGUAGC